CUGAAAACACACAGGAGCCUCGCGCUGCAGAGUUGGACGCACGCACGGAGGAACAGGGUUACCCCCUGUCCCGACCCGCGGUCGGAUCCCCUGUCCCGUCCCGAGGUUGGACCUUUCCCAUCCCGAGAGAUGGAGGCCGACGUCUCAGAGAGCCGCUGGAGGAACGUGCUGACCUCCAUCAUAGAGGAUCUGACCGAAAAACACUACAAGAAGAUGCUGUCCUCUCUGAACGUCAUCCCCCAGGGUCAGUGGAGCAGGCCCCGAGAGGAAAUGCCCCACAUCAUCAUCGAGACGCUGGGCAGAGAGCGCUCCAUCUCUGAGAUGCAGCGAGUCCUGGAGGACCUCCCCAGGAAAGACGACAAAAUCCAGGAGCCGCUGCGCCCCUUUGUGGAGAAACUGAAGAAGAAACAGCAACAAGAGGAGAGUAAAGGGCUGAAGCGGAAACACGAGAACACAUCAAAGGAUGAGGAGGGUGCUGGGAAGAAGAGGAAAAGCAGCAGCAGGAAGGGCGGGACGGCUGGCCGGAGCCGGAGCCGGAGCGGCGGUCCCGGGGCCGAGGAGAACCAGGAGAACGCCUGUCGCUCUCGGAGUAACACUGAGCCACCGAGGAAAACCAUCCGCCACCUGAAAGAAAGCUGGCACCUCGGCGGCGGGAAUAUCAUCGGGAAGGUGUUCCAGAAGUCCGGGCUGCGUCCCUCCGAGACGAAAGGCAAGCAGACGGCUCUGUUUCACCUGGGCCUCGCCGACGAAACCGAGUGCGUCCGAGUGACCGUCUACGGCAAGCAGCGCUACGCACAAAUCAAAGUCGGGAGCUGCUACCUGUUCAGAGACGUGAGCAAAGAGAAUAACGUUGUGAAAGUCACCGGCAAAAUCGAGGAGGCCGGCGGCGUCCGCGUCCCUGCGGCGCUGCAGCUGGAGGCCCGGACCGCCGUCGACCCCCGCAAGCCGGUCUGCUCCAUCAGAGAGGCCAAAGCAGCUCGUCCCAAAACCACCGUGAGCGUCAGCGGGACCGUGACCCAGGUGCAGGAGGCCCAGGGGAACAAGGGGCCGCGGAGGUUCCUCCACCUGCAGGACGACUCGGGCUCGGUCCGGGUCGACCUGUGGGACGGCGAGGCCGAGCGCUGCCGGGCGUCGCCCAGAGACUCGGUCAGGGUGACCAACGUCAGGACCAACCACUACAACGACACCGUGUCGCUGAAUUCAACAGGACUGACCCGAGUUGACAAGGUGGUGGCUGCUUCUGUCCAGACCGGGACGCUGGAGAUCACAGGAGUGUUUGAGUGCAGCUCGACCACGAGCCGCCUGGAGGCCGUGUUCGCCGGGCAGGUCAUGGCGUUCAGCGCGACCAACAAAAAGCUGGCCGAGGCAUUCAACAUCAAGCCGGGGGGCUGUUUUGAGGACGGGCUCCUCGCUAAAAUGCCGCUGUUCGGCCAGGCAGAAGUACGAGGGAAAAAGAUCAUCGCCAUUAAAAAAAUGUAAAACAGAAUCAGAGAGGAAGCUCAUGUCAUGUCAACAGAGUGAAAAACUUUAAUUUCUUUCAUAGCAGAGGUGUUGAAAAACUGAUCAGUGAUCGGUUAUUAGCCAUGAAGAAUUUGGCCAGUUGUUAAUGAAAAUACAUGAAGUGAUUUUUCUCAGUAACAGUAGUGGUGAUAUAUUUCGCUCCUUCCUUCAUUCCAAUAAAUAAAUAACUGAAAAGGAGCAACCAGACAUAAAUGAUAUUUCUAUCAUGUCCUCAGUGUCUGUACACACAUGGACAGGUGGAAACCAGGGCUCUGAGCAUCUUUACGUCCUUACUACAUCAUAACUGCACAUUACACUGCACGUCCUCCUGCAUCGUCAAAGUUUUAAGUGUCACCUGAUCGUAAUGUGACUGCUCGCUUUUCAAAUGAUGGUCACUGUGUCUAAAGUUUACUAAGCUGUCACAUACAAACAUAAAUCACCCUGGUUCUUUCUCAUACUGAUGGAGAGAAAUCAAAAUCUGUAAACAAAACACAUUAAGCUUCCAGACUGCACUUAUUUCCUCUAGAUUACAUCAGUCUAGAGAAAAUAAGUGCAGUACCUCAAACGACCACAAGAAGGAGACACAUAAACAUAAGCUAGUGACGGACUCAGGCUCAAGGGUUUACAGGUUUUUUCAUGACAUGACCUGAGGCGCCACUCUCACCACUGACUUUAGGAAUUACAAAAACCAAAAGCGUCCAGGAUGUCCAUACCUCAGCUUUAUACUUUAUAUUUUAUAUUUUAUAUUUGACCAUUUCAUUGGAACGGUUUGAAGGUGGAACUGAAGUGAGUUCAUCUCUUCAGAAACCCUCCAGCUGCUCGUGAAGCCCCCACACAUCAUCAGUAUCACACAUGUACAAGGUUUCCCCAUGACAAAAACAUCAGGGGGUACCCCUAGAGGCACGUGGAGGUAUUACAGGGUCAUGAUUUAAUCACAGGA